UAGCGUUAAAGAUUUGAAAUGGGUUCUAAAGGUCCGUUUAAAACUAUAUUCAAAAUGAAACCAGAAGUAAACAGGAGUGUUUUUGAAAGAGCUAAAGCUCUUAAAGUCCCUCAUAAAAAUCCACCCAACAAUACAUACGAGUUGCAUUGGAAAUUUGGACGCUACGUUUGCCAGUUAAAAAGACUCACGUUCAAUUAUUGUACAUAUAGCGGUAGCAGCAGAGGACUAAGAUAUUUUAUUGAUUUUGAAGCAGAGAAGUUUGUAAAAGAUAACCCACAAACAUCGGUUUAUUUUCAACAAAGAAAUGGAAAAGAUCCUCGCCUAGUUGCUAACUAUAUGAACGGACAAGAUCGCAUUAUAUCUGUCCCCAACCAUGAUAGUAUAGCUAUAUGGGAUUGGCUUGAGCGAUUAAAGAACGAAAGUGGUCGUCAGUGGAGAAGUGAGCGUCUUCAUCAACCAUGGUUAACUUCUACUCCUUCAAUACAAGGAACAUGGAACCCUUUUCUUCACAAACCACCUGUUAAUAUUAACCCAGAAUAUUACAUUCGCCGAAAUAAAAAUUCGUAAAAAGUGAA